UUUAAAAUAAAUGCCAUGUACAAAAAUGUACUAAAAGGAGGUAUACGUACAGCAAAGCAGGCUUGGAAAUUCCGAAACGAACUUGGUAAACUCAAUUUGGAUUUAGCCAAAGCAAACUCUGAUUUUGAGCAGCAUUUGUGUGAAGCGCUGUUUCCCGAUGUGUUAAAUACUCCAAAAAUAUUAAUAAUAAUUAUAAUCCUUUGUGUUAGACUUCUUCCAUAUUUAGUUUCAGUGUGCAAUCCGCUGCCCGUCGCCCGCUUCUCCGCAACUAAAUUUGCAGCGUGCAAACUGGCUCGGAAGAGCUUUUGUCGUUGCGCUUGUGCUUUUACUAACACCCUCAGGUUACGUCCACGCCUCUGCCUGCAUACCCUGUGCCUUAAUCGCGCUGAUAAGCAUUCUGCGUAUCUACUCUAUUCAGAGAGUUGCCAUCUGAAUACCUUGGUCUCAUCGAAGCAGUUUGUCAAGGUACAGAAGCAAUUCUAUCGCGACUAUUCGGACGUCUCGUUGGGCGCACCACUGAAGACCACUGACGCCCCCUUGCUGGGUGAUCUGUGCGAUCGCUAUCGAGAUAUUCUCGUUCGUACAUCAGCCGAUUUGCUUGAUCCGCGUGCAGGACAACAGCAAAAUCCACAACUAUCUAACAAUCGAGGCAUUCACAGCUGCUGCAAACGUCGUCAGUUGGAACAGUUCGGCGGUCACAACAAUAUGGCCCAAUCGGAUGAGAGCGAAUUUCGGCGUUUGCCCACAAGUGUGGUGCCAACGCAUUAUGAGCUAAUGUUGCAGCCCGAUCUGCAGGCAUUUAGCUUUACGGGCAAGACAAUUGUGCAAAUCAGUGUCACCGAGCCAACGACUCGCAUCACCCUCAAUGCACUCGACAUAUUGAUCGAGACAGCAGAAUUUCAAUAUGAUUGCGAGAAGUUAAAAGCCCAGCACAUUAUCUACUCCAAGGAGACGGAGACGGCUACAUUGGAUUUCCAAAAGCACCUGCCCGUGGGCACACCCGGCGUCCUCUAUAUGACCUUCACCGGGGAGCUGAACGAUAAGAUGAAGGGCUUCUAUAGGAGCAAAUACUUUACGCCCACUGGCGAGGAACGCUAUGCGGGUGUCACCCAAUUCGAGGCAACAGAUGCCCGGCGCUGCUUUCCCUGCUGGGAUGAGCCGGCCAUUAAGGCCACGUUUGACAUUACGCUGACAGUUCCCAAGGAUCGAGUCGCCCUGUCCAAUAUGCCGGUGAAAAAAGAGGAUGUCCUGCCCAACGGCUUGCGUCGCGUACGCUUCGAUCGCACUCCCAUUAUGUCCACAUACCUGGUGGCUGUUGUUGUGGGAGAAUAUGAUUUUGUGGAGGCCAAGUCGGAUGAUGGGGUGCUUGUGCGCGUCUUCACACCUGUUGGCAAGAAGGAACAAGGACAGUUCGCACUGGAGGUGGCCACCAGGGUGUUGCCCUACUACAAGAGUUAUUUCAAUAUUGCAUAUCCGUUGCCCAAAAUGGACUUGAUUGCCAUAUCGGAUUUCUCAGCGGGCGCUAUGGAGAACUGGGGUCUGGUCACCUAUCGCGAAACGUUCGUCCUUGUGGAUCCCAAGAACACGUCGUUGAUGCGCAAGCAAUCGAUCGCUCUUACUGUGGGGCAUGAGAUUGCACAUCAGUGGUUCGGCAAUCUGGUCACCAUGGAAUGGUGGACACAUUUGUGGUUAAAUGAGGGCUAUGCCUCCUUUGUGGAGUUCCUUUGCGUGCAUCAUCUGUUUCCCGAAUAUGAUAUUUGGACACAGUUUGUCACAGACAUGUAUACGCGGGCUUUGGAGUUGGAUUCGUUGAAGAACUCGCAUCCCAUUGAGGUGCCAGUGGGCCAUCCCUCAGAGAUCGAUGAGAUCUUUGAUGAGAUUAGUUAUAACAAAGGCGCCUCGGUCAUCCGCAUGCUCCACGAUUACAUUGGUGAGGAUGAUUUCCGCAAGGGAAUGAAUAUUUAUUUGACUAGGCAUCAAUAUAGCAACACUUGCACCGAGGAUCUAUGGGAGGCUCUGCAAGAGGCCAGUUCGAAGAAUGUGGGUGCUGUCAUGUCCAGCUGGAUCAAGUACAAGGGCUUUCCCGUUGUUAGCGUUGAGUCCAAUCAGAAAAGCGAAACACAACGCGUGCUGCGAUUGACUCAGAGUAAAUUUACAGCGGAUGGUUCGUAUCCGAUUAACAAUAACUUGUGGGUGAUACCCAUAUCGGUGUCCACCUCGCGUAAUCCCAAUCAGAUUGCGAAGACAUUCCUUCUCGAGAAGGAGACCAUGGAAGUUGUGCUGGAUAAUGUGGACGCAAAUGAUUGGAUCAAAAUCAAUCCAGGGACAGUUGGCUACUAUCGCACGCGCUACUCCCCGGAGAUGCUGCAGCAACUAUUGCCCGCUGUGGAGAAUAUGCAGCUGCCACCACUUGACAGACUCGGUCUGAUUGAUGAUAUGUUUGCCAUGGUGCAGGCUGGCAAGGCCAGCACCGUUGAAGUGCUCCAACUGGUAGGGAGCUACCGGAACGAGACGAACUACACCGUCUGGACAGCCAUUACCAAUUCGCUUGCCAAUCUGCACAUUCUGAUCUCCCACACGGAUCUCAUGGAUGACUUCAAUAACUUUGGACGCAAACUUUACGAGCCGGUGGCCGAGCGUUUGGGCUGGGAGCCCCGCGACAAUGAGAAUCAUUUGGAUACGCUUCUGCGCAGCCUGGUACUCACACGUCUCGUCUCUUUUCGCAGUCCAGUGAUUUCGGAGACAGCACGUCAACGUUUUCGUAGCCAUGUCAACGGCACCAAGGCACUGCCUGCCGAUUUGCGUAGCACUUGCUACAAGGCCGUGCUGCAGGAUGGCGACGAGGCGAUCUUUGAGGAGAUGUUGCAGCUGUAUCGUGCCACCGAUCUGCACGAGGAACAGGAUCGCAUCUCACGCGCUCUCGGCUGCAUUGGCGAUGUAAAACUGCUGCGACGUGUCAUCGAUUUUGCAAUGUCGGGUGAAGUGCGCGCUCAGGAUUCGGUGUUUGUUAUUGUCGCUGUGGCCGUAAACCCCAAGGGUCGCGAUUUAGCCUGGGAGUUCUUCAAGGAUAACAGCAAGCAGCUGCUGGAGCAAUAUCAGGGCGGCUUUCUUUUAACACGCCUCAUCAAAUAUUUGAUCGAGAACUUUGCCAGCGAGGAAAAGGCUCGCGAAGUGGAAGAAUACUUCAGGACCAACCAGAUACCCGGCUGUGAGCGCACUGUCUCACAGGCUGUAGAGACCAUACGCCUGAAUGCCGCUUGGCUGAGUCGCGAUCGCGUUUUGCUGACCGAAUAUCUGCGCGAUCACUAAUGGUGGCCGAACCGUGCGUAACGCAUACCAAAGCAUUUAGAAAACAAUUACAACUGCAAAACAGAACACGACCAAAGCUGUCACAACUAACUCCUUUACCCCUCCCUUACCCCAUAUACUCUCACUCCUGAAUAGGUUAGCAAUAGUAAGCAGCAACUUCAAAGGAGCAACUCGAUAAACUUCUCCUUUACUGAUGGAGAACCGUGUGACAUUUCAGAUCCGAGUUCAGAGCAAACAACCCCAAUGCUGCUGUGCUUUCCUUUACAUAUACAUAAAAGUUGAGUUUAUGACGAUAAAUAAAUGCAAUUCAAAUGUAAAGUAAACGGAUU